GCAGUAGUGCUAGCGGUUUCCCUCUUCCGCUCUCAGAGCCGGUGGCUCUCACUCGUGCUGAGCUGCUACGAAGCCCCUGCCGGCGAGCUCGUAGGAGCUUGGAACGGUCGUCACCCCUCCGACUCUCACCAGGGGGAAAAAAUGGUUGAAGCAGAUCGCCCAGGAAAGCUUUUCAUUGGUGGCCUCAAUACGGAAACAAAUGAAAAAGCCCUUGAAGCAGUAUUUGGCAAAUAUGGACGAAUAGUGGAAGUUCUAUUGAUGAAAGAUCGUGAAACCAACAAAUCAAGAGGAUUUGCUUUUGUCACCUUUGAGAGCCCAGCAGACGCUAAGGAUGCAGCCAGAGACAUGAAUGGAAAGUCCUUAGAUGGAAAAGCCAUCAAGGUAGAACAAGCCACAAAACCAUCAUUUGAAAGUGGUAGACGUGGACCACCUCCACCUCCAAGAAGCAGAGGCCCUCCAAGAGGUCUUAGAGGCGGAAGAGGAGGAAGUGGAGGAACCAGGGGACCUCCUUCACGUGGAGGGCACAUGGAUGACGGUGGCUAUUCCAUGAAUUUUAACAUGAGUUCUUCCAGGGGACCACUUCCAGUAAAAAGAGGACCACCACCACGAAGUGGUGGUCCUCCUCCUAAAAGAUCUGCCCCUUCAGGACCAGUUCGCAGCAGCAGUGGAAUGGGAGGAAGAGCUCCUGUGUCACGCGGAAGAGAUAGUUAUGGAGGCCCACCUCGAAGGGAACCCCUGCCCUCUCGUAGAGAUGUGUAUUUGUCCCCAAGAGAUGAUGGAUAUUCUACUAAAGACAGCUAUUCAAGCAGAGAUUACCCAAGUUCUCGUGAUACAAGAGAUUAUGCACCACCACCAAGAGAUUAUACUUACCGUGAUUAUGGUCAUUCCAGUUCACGUGAUGACUACCCAUCAAGAGGCUAUAGUGAUAGAGAUGGCUAUGGUCGUGAUCGUGACUAUUCAGAUCAUCCAAGUGGAGGUUCCUACAGAGAUUCAUAUGAGAGUUAUGGUAACUCACGUAGUGCUCCACCUACACGAGGGCCCGUGCCAUCUUAUGGUGGAAGCAGUCGCUAUGAUGAUUACAGCAGCUCACGUGACGGAUAUGGUGGAAGUCGAGACAGUUACUCAAGCAGCCGAAGUGAUCUCUACUCAAGUGGUCGUGAUCGGGUUGGCAGACAAGAAAGAGGGCUUCCCCCUUCUAUGGAAAGGGGGUACCCUCCUCCACGUGAUUCCUACAGCAGUUCAAGCCGCGGAGCACCAAGAGGUGGUGGCCGUGGAGGAAGCCGAUCUGAUAGAGGGGGAGGCAGAAGCAGAUAUUAAAAACAAAACAAAACUUUGGACCAAAAUCCCCGUUCAAAGAAAACAAACAAAAAAGUGGAACCUUUUCUGUCAUAACUACCCAAGGACUACUAAAAGGAAAAAUUGUGUUACCUUUUUUAAAUUUCCUGUUAAGUUCCCCUUCCAUAAUUUUUAUGUUCUUGUGAGGGAAAAAAGUAAAACCUGUUUAAUCUUAUUUGACUUUAUGACAUUGCUUUCAAUAAGCAAAUGUUAAAUGUGUUAAGACUUGACUUGUGUACUAGUGUUGUAAUUUUUCAAGUUAAAAGUGUCCCUAAAGGCCACUUCCUAUAUCUGAUUUUUCCCAGUAAAUGAGGCAAAGCAAUUCUAAGACCUUCCACAAACAUCUAGCCUUCUAAAAUGGAGAGGUGAAUCCUUCUGCCUAUACAAACAAGCUAGCUAUUAGAGGGUGGUCGGGGUAUGCUACUCUUAGGAUUUCAGAGUGUCUUCAAACUGAAAUCUCAAUGUUCUCAGUAAUGAAAAACCUGAGAUCAGAUGCUUAUGUAAGGAAAGUGCUAUUCACCCAGUAAAUCCAAAAAAGCAAAUGGAUAA